AUGACUUCGCUGUGUCUGCUGUCCGUUCUCCUCCUUGUUGGAGCCCCAGGCUUGGCCGCUGGAGCCAAGAACUAUGGACAGGCCCUGGGUCUGUCAAUCAAGUUCUAUAUGGCCCAGCGGUCAGGACCUAUUCAUGACAGCAUCGUCCCGUGGAGGGGCAACUCUGGCAUGAACGACUGCACUGUGGGAGGCUGGUAUGACGCUGGUGAUAAUGUAAAGUUCACUUUUCCCAUGGCAACGUCUGCCCAUCUCCUGAUGUGGUCCUACUAUAAGUACAAAGACGGUUACGUGAAGGCCAAUCAGGCAACACAGUUUCUGAAUAUGAUCAAAACUCCCCUGAACUUUUUCCUGGCGGCCUGGAACGGUCACGAUAAGCUGACCGGUCAGGUUGGAGACGCCAAUGCCGACCAUGCCCAGUGGCAGCCUCCAGAGAAGAUGACCACAUCCAGAACCUGUCAGUACAUCACCAAGGGCACCAAGGGAAGUGACGUAGCCGGAGCGACGGCCGCCUCUCUGGCUCUGGGAUACCUCAUUUUCAAGAGCAGCAACGCUCCCUACGCCAACAGCUGCCUGAACAAAGCCAAGAGCCUGUACAGCUUUGGAAAAAGUAACCGAGGAAUCUUUUACGGAACCUCUCCCUUCUACAGCUCCGGCUCUGACGAGGACGACCUGUGUUUGGGUGCCCUCUGGCUCUACAAGGCCACUGGAGACUCGCAUUACUUGAACGACGCCAAAUCUUUCCACAACGGAAUGGGACCCUCCUGGGCGCAGAGCUGGGACGAUAACAAGCUCGCCUGCAGGAUCCUCCUGCUGGAAGCCACCCACGACAACAAAUUGAAAACUGAAAUUCAGAACGAUCUGAAACCCUGGGUUGAAAAGCACAUGACUUACACUCCAUGUGGCCUUGCCUGGAAACUCGAGUGGGCUCCCACCAGAUACGCAGCCAACACCGCCUUCAUGGCUCUCCUGGCCGCUGACGCCAGCAUAAACAGCGUUAACAACCGGAAGUUUGCUGUGCAGCAGAUCAACUACAUUCUCGGAGACAACAAGCACAAUGGCGGUUGCUUCAGCUACCAGAUCGGAUACGGACAGAAGUACCCACAGAGGCCACAUCACAGAGGAUCAUCUUGCCCGAAAGGAAGCACCUGUGGCUGGGAUUUUUAUCACAGCAGUAAGGCCAACGUCAACAAGCUUCUGGGUGCUCUGGUCGGAGGUCCCGAUGCUCAUGACGGCUACCAGGACAACAGAGACAACGUCGGCCAGAACGAGGUGGCCACUGACUACAACGCUGGCUUCCAGGGAGCUUUGGCGGCUAUCGUUCACCUCCAGGACAAGCAUCUUCUUCCACCUACCUCCACUAGUUGCAAAUGCAACUGAGACCUUCGACCACACUAACCACAAUAUAACCAUCUUCUUAAUAUCUAGGACAGACAGGGCAGUGCUAUUGCUACGAUGAGUCUUGCACAAGGUGGAAUCGUCUAUCCUUCAAUCUUGGCAGGCUUUUUCGUAUUCUGUAAUCCACAUGCCGUGUCUGCUCAAUAAAUACACAGAAAAGAU